UAAAUUAUCUAUUCUACUUGUAGCUGGUAUUGGUUAUUGGUAGGUUGCAAAAUAAUGGAAAUAUCAGUUUAAUAAAAGCUGGUUGCUGAGCAUCGCACAUACCCCUUUUUUUUGGUGUUAUUUCCAUUAGUACAGAAUGCUCACCAGAAUUGCUGUGAACAGUGUAGUGUAUAGCACAUCCUACUAGGAGCAGGCUUCAAGGUGGAAUUUUUUUUGCAGAGACUAUUGUCAGUUUUCACUUGUAUGAACAGUAAGUGCAGCAGUUGACUUCUGAUGUGGAUCUGGGUUAUUAGUAAAAAAAUAACUAUACGAUGUAUUCUAGAACCCGUACUAGUCUGGCAGGGAGGGGCUUUGCUCAGCAAUAUUCUGCUGCAAUUUAGUCCUGAAAUGAGGCCCCUUUAUGUAAAUUUUUACUGGCGCCAGCUAGCUGUAACUGCAGUCUGGCUGCGCGUCGGCAGUACCUAACAUGUGUCAUGGACUUCUGUGUGUGGAUUGCAGGAGCUCUGGACCGUAAGAGCCAUGCUGAUGAAAGUGAAAAGAUGCACAAAAUAACCUAGGUGUAAUUAGAUUGCCAGUAAGUGAAAAUACUGUGAGGAAAUUCAAGCUUUCUUUUUUUUUUUUUUCUUUAUAGUGUGCUGUCUUAUGCUGUGCUAUAACAAAUUUAUGCUUGUUGGUACUACUGUGUGGCAUGUGGGAGGUACUUCACUGCACAUAGUUGCUGCAGUGCUAAUAGUUGGCAGCACAGAAGGCAGUACAAAGAGUCCGACUGGAGGCACUUGCAGUUGCAGCGUUCCCUUGGAGGCUGUGGCAUGCUCAGUGAGCUGCAGGGGCACUCCUGGCACCUUCAGCCACUUGUGUGGAGAAGUGGGAGUUCCAGCAGGCUUUAACAAGCAGAUGUAGGCUACUAGCUGAGUGGUACAACAGCAUAGCUCAGGCUGGCUAAAAAAUAGUACUCAUGCUGCUGUGUAAACAAAAUGAGAUCUUAGUAUCAAGAUGGCUGACCUGGAAGUCUACUUGUAGCUCGUGAUACUUAUGCAAAUGAGCUACAUGUCAGUGGCUUACUCAGAGGAGGAAGCUCAUUUUGCACGUGCCACCUUCUCACCAGGGUCAAGAUGGAUAGCACAGAUGAACGUCAGAAAAAAGUCUUUAAAGCACGAAAAACAAUGAGAGUAAGUGAUCGACAACAACUCGAAGCUGUCUAUAAGGUUAAAGAGGAGCUGUUGAAGACAACUGAAGUUAAACUGUUAAAUGGAAAGCAUGAGAAUGGAGAUUCUGAUUUAAAUUCCCCUCUAAGCAAUACAGACUGUAUGGAGGACAAGAGGGAAGUUAAUGGCCUAGUGGACUUAUGUGUUAACUCUGAAGAAGGAAGAACAGCUUCUGAUGAAACUAGUGAAGCCAAAAGCCCUGAAAGUAGGGCAGGCAACAUAGUCGGUGAUAUACAACCCAAACCUCUAACGCUGUCUCCGGAGAAUGUUACUCCUGAGCAAGGUAAAGAUACUGAUACUGGUUUAGCUUGUGAGGCUGAAAGCGGAGUGCUUGGUAGCAAUAAAGAUGACUUCCAUGAAAAAAAUAAUACAAAAGAUCAUUUGGACCAAAGAGAGAGCCACAUCCCAUUGGAAGGUGAAAGUAAAUCAGUCUGUGGUAUUAGUGACUCUUUGGAAGAGAAGGUAGAAACACAUGACUUAAGUAUUACUUCCAAUUCAUCUGGUGAGGAAAAGAGCACUGAAGAAGUAACUGUUGAAGAUGCUGUUGGAGAAGAAGCCAUCUCUAGCAGUAUGGAAGCUGACCAGGAAGCAAAGGACAUACAAGAUGACACUACAGGUCUUCCAGAAACGACUGUUCAGAAAACAACAGAUGAGCCAAGUGAAAGUGUCUUGGACAAUACUGACUCUAUGGAAACAGAUGAAAUUAUUCCUAUUUUGGAAAAACUAGCCCCUGCUGAAGAUGAACUGGGCUGUUUUUCUAAAAGUCCUCUGCUUCCAGUGGAUGACACAGUCCCAGAUUUAGAAGAGAAAAUAGACAAUGGUUUAGGUUCACCAUCCAAGCAGGAAAGCAGUGAAAGUCUGCCAAAAGAGGCUUUCUUAGUAUUGUCUGAUGAAGAGGAUCCCUGUGAUGAGAAGGAGGAAUGUGCUGAAGCGAUACUACCAAACAAGUCAAGUCUUCCAGAAGAGGUGGAAAAGGAGAUGAGAAAGGAAAGUAAGGAGGAUAAAGAAGAAGAGGCCUACAAAGAAGAAGAGAAACACACGGAGAGAAGUGAAGUGUCAAGGAGAAAGCGUUCCAAAUCUGAGGACAUGGAUAGCGUUCAUUCUAAACGUCGUCGAUAUAUGAGAGAAGAUUAUGAAGCAGAACUCCAAGUAAAAAUUACAGCCAGACAGGAUGUUGACCAAAAAUUACAAAAGGUUAUCCAGAGACUGUUAGAUGAAAAAUUUACUGCUUUACAGUGUGCUGUGUUUGACAAGGCUCUGGCGGACUUGAAAACCCGAAUAGAGAAAGUAGAAUGUAACAAGAGGCAUAAAACCGUGCUUACCGAACUACAGGCUAAAAUUGCUAGAUUGACAAAGCGGUUUGGAGCAGCCAGGGAGGACUUGAAGAAAAGACAGGAAGCUUCACCAAAUACACUUCUAUCUUCAGCAAAAUCAGCAAGUGACACUGCAAACACAACCAACAUGACAUAUCGAAAUGCCAACACAGUGAGGCAGAUGCUGGAGUCAAAGAGAAAUAUAGGAGAGAGCACACCAGCAACUUUUCAAGCCCCUGUGAAUGCAGUGCCAGCUUCCAGUCUUGCUGCUCCUCCAACACUUGUCAGUGGACAUCCUAAGCCUCAGGCUCCAGUGACCUCCACCAGCAAUUUGACAACAACAGUUCUUCCCACAGCCAACACAGCUACCAUUGUAGGCACUAACCAAGUGCCCAGUGGCAGCACUCAGUCAGUGUCUGUCUCGUUGCAGUCUUUGCCUGUAAUCUUGCAUGUACCUGUGGCAGUGUCAUCCCAGCCUCAGCUCCUGCAAGGCCACACAGGAACUUUGGUCACUAACCAGCAGUCAGGCAACGUUGAGUUUAUAUCUGUACAAAGCUCUUCUACAGUUGGUGGCCUUACCAAAACUACAGUGUCUUUGGCAUCAACUAACCCAACUAAACCAAAUAACAGCCCGUCUGUGCCCAGUCCUAGUAUUCAAAGGAACUCUCCAGCCAGUGCUGGGUCAAUAGGCACAACGUUGGCAGUACAGGCUGUUUCUACUGCACAUCCUGUUGCCCAGGCCCCAAGGACUUUGCCCACAGUGGGUACUUCUGGACUUCAUAAUGCUACCAGCAGUCGAGCUCCCCUACAGAUGAAGAUUCCCCUCUCUGCAUUUAGUAGUACAGCUCCUGCUGAACCUCCUGCCGUUACAGCACCCAGAGUUGAAAACCAGACAAGCAGGCCACCAACAGAUACUUCGGCAAACAAGCGAACUGCUGAGGGAACACCACAGAGCGGGAAGGUCACAGGAAGUGAUUCAGGAGCUGUCAUUGAUCUUACACUGGAUGAAGAGGACGAUGGCUCUUCUCAAGCAGAUGGCAAGAAGCAGAAGCAGACACCUGUUACAGGAUUGAGUAUAUCUACCCAGCCUGUGGCUCGACCCUUGCAGUCUUUACAGCCUUCGCAGCCAAACCCUGUGCAGCAGACAGGAGUACCAACAAGUGGACCUUCCCAGACCACCAUACAUGUGUUACCUACAGCUCCGACAACAGUGAAUGUAACUCAUCGGCCACUGACUCAAACUGCUGCAAAGCUUCCUAUACCAAGAACCCCUGCAAACCAUCAGGUGGUUUAUACCACUCUUCCUGCACCACCAGCUCAGAAUCCUGUAAGAGGAGCUAUCAUGUCAAGCCCAAGUUUAAGGCCAGUCAACCCGCAGACUGGAGGUAUGACAGUACGAAUGCCUCAAACAACUGCGUAUGUUGUGAACAAUGGACUAGCUCUUGGAUCUGGAACACCUCAGCUUACAGUGCAUCAUCGACCACCACAAGUGCAUGCUGAGCCACCACGCCCUGUACAUCCUGCCCCACUCCCAGAGGCACCACAGCCACCGCGUCUGCCCCCAGAAGCUGCCAACACUUCUCCACCUCAAAAACCACAACUGAAGCUGGCACGGGUACAGAGCCAGAAUGGUAUUGUGCUGUCAUGGAGUGUCAUGGAGGUGGACCGGAGCUGUGCCACUGUGGACAGUUACCAUCUCUACGCCUACCACGAGGAUCCAAGCGCCACUGUGCCCUCCCAGUGGAAGAAGAUUGGGGAAGUGAAGGCCCUCCCGCUACCUAUGGCAUGCACUCUUACACAGUUUGUGUCUGGCAGCAAAUACUACUUCGCGGUCCGGGCUAAGGACAUCUAUGGACGUUUUGGACCCUUCUGUGACCCCCAGUCCACAGAUGUGAUCUCUUCCCAGAGCAGUUAAACUAGAGAUCUUUGGAGCCUUUAAACCUGUCCUACUACCAAGAAUUACCCCAGUUUUGGGGGGUUGAUCCCCUGCAUGAAAUUCACUUUUAAAUCCUCUCUCUGCAGGAUUAUUUUAGACAGUUGUGUGGUACACUACAUGCAUUCAGAACCAAAAGAAAAAUAAAAGUAUCACCUGCAGCAAGAGAGCCUGUGUUUUUCUGGAUAGCUCAAGUCAUGGGCUGUUUGAAAAUUUAAUUUUCCCUUCCAUGACAGCUGUUCCACCUAGAUACCUACCUUUUAUCCAAGGAUGCCCUGCAUGCCUGGGAUUCUGCUUCAGAGUGGGAACAAAAUAAUGAAUUACAGUUUGUCUGAAGCAAAACAUACACAUCUGUAAUAUCUACCAAGGCACUAACGUGAGGGCAAGAAGAGAUUUGCCUCUUGUCCCCCACCACUCUGAGCAGGCUGUGAUGCAAAGGUGGUUGAAGGCGUCACUUUUUUUACUGGAAGAUUGAGUGGUCUGGUCUUACUUUACAAACUGUAAAGAGCUCUCUGAGAGGAGGGAAGGGAAUUUGAGUCUGGCCAGGGAACCAAUAUGUGUGUAAACGUGGAGGCGGUGGAAAAAGAAACAAUCAACCCACUACCUCCUACCUCUCCUAAAUAAGAAUGUUCCUCUGCUUUCACAAUCUUCCCCACUCAUACUGGGAGCAUUCCCAGGUCAGAUCUGAAACUGGAUUUGUAGAGACUGCGUUUACACCUCUGUAGCUCAGAUAAUUUCUCUACUCCUCCCCUCAUUCAUCCAGCCCUAUUUUUUAGUUUUAUUUUGUGCCUUAAAGAAUAAUUUCAGAAAUAAAAUGUAGCCAGAUACCUUGUGGUGUUCUUUUUUUUGCUUGGAGUUAUUUUUUCCUUUAGACUUCUAGCCUUUCAUUACUGCUUCUUAUUUUCCUGGCCUGCAGUAAUUAUUAUUUCUGUAAAGACCAGAAAGUGUAACAUCUGCUGAUGCCGGAUUUGUUUUUAUCUGCAGUAUCAUUCAACCCUUUUCUCACUGUAAUUCUUAAGUAGUUGUUUUUGUCCUGUCAAGAACAUUAGAGUAUACAGAUGGGAUUUUCCACCAGAGCCUUUCCCUGUUCUCUUGGGAAAGCUGUAUGCUGCAGUUCAGCCAAAGAAGAAACCUCUGUGGUGCGGCACCAUGAAAGCUUCUAGCAGCUUGCACUCAGUUUGGAAAAAGUACAAAAAGAUAAGUUGGCUUCCCAGCUGUAUUUUCUGUCAUAUUACCUGCCUGCCUCUGCAGAAAGCUAAGACACCAAAAGCAGUUCAGAAAUUAUUUUAGACACUGACCUAAAGCUAGUGAGCAAUUGUGAAUGUUAAUAGAUGCUUUCAUGAUGCUUCUGAGCUGAGAAAAGAAAUUGGUGUGUCUGUCCCACUGUCACUGACAUGUGAAACUUGCUUUUCAGAGAACCAAAUUUUAACACACCUGGACAAGAGAGUAUAUGUAAGAGUUCUAUUUUGGCACUUUUCUGUCUCAUUCCUGCCCAGCAGAACCAAACAGUGGAUUUAGAAGGGAAAGAGUCUGGUUUUUUAAUAUAGCAAAGCUGUAGAUGGUGACAUUUCUUAAUUUCAGUGCUGUUUUUCUUAAAACCAACAUUUUUACAUGUAAAGCAAGGUUGAAUGAAGGGCAGGAAAAAUUAAAUCCCAAAACAUGGCUGGUGGAAUAUCCUGUGAGAUUAUAGGUUCUGUAGUUCUGUUCCCUUCAAGAACUUUUACAGUAAAAGAAACAGCACUGUAGAUUUUUGUUUGUUCUAUUUUACUGCACUCCUCCAUGUAGCUGGGAUUGUCACUUCUGUCAGGUGAGUAACGAAUAUUCUCUGUAUGGAAAGUUGCAUUUAAAGUAUCGCAGUUUUACUGAUUUGGGCAAGGAAAAAUCCUGUCUGAAUCCAGGUAUCAUGGGAGAAGGUUCACACUGAAUCUCAUGUAUGAACAACGCGUAACCUUUCCUUUGAGUAACAGUUGUCCCUGUAAUACUGGUGCCAAUAAUCAACAAUGCCUUGAAUUUUUCUAUGUUUAAUUAAAUGUUUUGUCUGCCUAUUUCAAGGACAAAUUACUUAAUAAUGCAUUUAGUCUGCUUAUGGAGAGUUGGUUCUUUAUAAAGCCAGUUCUGUAGUAGAGGUUAGAGCAGUUCAUUCCAGUUGAUGGCUGUCAAGUCCCCCUUGGACAAUUUUUUAAUAUGUUUUUGAGGUGGUACCAAAGGGCCCUUGGCCAUAUCAAUACAAUGAGGUUUUAUAGUUUGAAAAUCAAAAUAAACAUUAGAAUACAACCUAGAAUUACACUGCUUAUUUAUUUGUGAUUCCAGCCCAAACUGUUCUUGGCUUUGUUUUGCUUGGCAUAGGAUGGGGGGUGAGUCCUGUGUUAGAAUUUUUCUCUUUCCUCCGAUGGAGGUGGUCUGGUAUUGUGUUUGAAGGUUUUGUGAGCUGUAUCUUUAGAGAAAAAAGACUCAUAUUUCUUUAUUAAAGAUGUAGUUUGCAACUGAACCGAUGGUAAAAAGUGGAUUCUGGCUUAAUAGAUCCGUUUCUGGUAUAUAUGGCAGAGUGCAAUUGAUUUUUUUUGUUGAGAGAUUAAAUAAGCGACGUACCGUUGACUUCUUUUUUGUUUCAUCCCAGCAGUGGCCAAUUGUAUGAGGUUCAACAAGGCAAAGUGUCAGGUCCUGCAUUUUGGUCACAACAACCCCAUGCAAUGCUCCAGGCUUGGGGAAGAGCGGCUGGAAAGCUGCUCAUGGAAAAGGACCUGGGGGUGAUGACUGACAGAGUGGAACAUGAGCCAGCUUGUACCCAGGCAGCCAAGAAGCCAAGAGCAUCCUGGCCUGUGUCAGAAAUAGCACAGCCAGCAGGGCCAGGGCAGUGAUUGUCCCCCUGUACUCGGCACUGAUGAGGCCGCACCUCAAAUACUGUGUUCAGUUCUGGGCCCCUCACAGUGAAAUAUUGAGUUGCUGGAGCAGGUCCAGAGAACGUCAGUGAAGCUGUUGAGGGGUCUAGAGCACAAGACUCAUGAGGAUCGACUGGAGAAGAAAAGGCUCAGGGGGACCUUAUAGCUCUAUACAAUUACCUGAAAGGAGAAUGGAGCCAGGAGGUGGCUGGUCUCUUCUCCCAUGUAACAAGCAAUAGGACAAGAGGAAAUGGCCUCAAGCUGCACCAGGGGACGUUUAGACUGGAUAUUAGGAAAAAGUUCUUCCCCAAAACAGUAAUCAGGCAUUGGAACAGGCUGCCCAGGGCAGUGGUAGAAUCACUGUCCCUGGAAGUGUUGAAAAACCUUGUAGCUGAGGCCCUUGUGACAUGGUUUUGUGGUGGACUUAGCAGUCCUGGGUUAAUGAACUUGAUGAUCUUAAAGGUCUUUUCCAACCUAGUUGAUUCUGUGAUUGUAUGAACUGAGCCACUUCUGCAAAAUCUUUGUCAUGGUGAAGCACAUUGCUGCAGUGAGUAUUCACCCCUUAAGCUAGCAAACAGGAGUACUGCCUGUUUCCUUAACUUGUGACACUUUUCCAUAUGUUGUGGAUUGGCUGGUUAUUUUAUCAUUCUUUACCUCCCAGAAACAAUGAAACUAUUGAGAAACUAAAUUUCUGCUAAAAAAAACCACAUCCAGAAAUAAUUUAUUUCAGUUAAUAGACUUUAUUUGAAAGUAUUACCAAAGUAUCCAGGAACAUUCCAUACAGCUGUUAACACCAUGCUUGUAGACUGGGCCCUUCAUAAAAUGUUCAUUGCUGGAAGUUUCCAAUAAUCCACUUUUAAAUAUGCCUAGAAAUCUCUCUGUGGCUUUUAAGUGGAAGGGUUGGGUUUAGUUACUUCACACUUCAUGCAAGUUUUUUUUUCCAUCUUAUUUUCAGUAGCCUGAUAUAAAGUUUCACCUGACCUUGGGUUUUGCUGCUGCCGCUGGGCACAUGACAUUGCAGUAGUACCAGCUUGGAUGUAGUUCCCUAUGUUUUGGCAAACGCAGCGCUGAUUCUACAACUGUUUUCCACCCUCAUUUAGUUUCUGUUUUGUUUUAGGUUUGCUUGGUUUUUUUCUGUGUGAUACAGGGGCAUCUGGAUGUCCAGGUUGAAAGUAAUUUUGAGUUAGUUCAGUUCUUGGUUGGAGAGGAACACUUCUGUGGACUGCUGAUGGCAAAAUGCCAUUCCUUUCCACUGCAUUCUUCCUAGUUAGAGCUUCACUGGCCUCUUUUACUCCAGUGUAUGUCUAAAAAAAAGCUUUCUUGGAUUCAAAUAACUGCAUCUUAGGAAGGGGGCAGGCUGUAGAUACAACAUCUGUACUGCAUCUGCAAUGGCAGCUUCAGAAAACAGAAGGGUGCAGAAGGAGGUUCCCCUCAGCCUGCAUUUAGUUCCAUGCUCUAACCACCUUUCCUUGGAACAGCAGCUGGUCUGAAACUUUGCUCCUUCAAAUUAUUUGUGCCACCCUUGGCUCUGUUGGAUCACUUGAGCACUAGGACCAGACACUCACCCAUCCCAAGGUUUUUAGCACACGGCUGGAAAUGCCAAUGGUGUCUUCCGUGUAAAAAUAAGGGGUCUUAUCCUGCUUCCUUGGAAAAUGACAGCAAAACCCCUUGUGCCUUCAGUGGGAGCACAACUGGGCCAAGUAGUAGGAUCCAAGCAUCAUUUUGUACUGUAACAAAGGGCGGGCUGAAGUGACUUUUUAUGCUGUUUAUCUUUAAAUGUCCAAUAAAUUAGAAUCUGUAUUGUAUGUAGGGACGGGUCAAAUCUGUUCCUGCUCCCCAGGCAGCCAUUCCCCAGUUUCAGUAUUGCUACACUACUAUACAAAAUCAAGCUGUGAUUCUACCUUCUUAUAAACACUUGAGUAUUUUCAUUUAGUCAAAAAUAUCCAGAUUUUUUUUUAACUAGAACCUUGGUAUAAUGAAUAUAUAUAUUGGGGUUAUUUUCUAAUUUGUUGGUUUGGGCAGGGGCAGGCAUUGUAUGAAAACACUGGAGGGAGAGGACUUCGAAUGACACUGAGCCAGCCCUGCUACCAAGAUCUGCAUUUCCUUCCAAGCACCUUCUGAGGGGAGAAAGACAAAAAUAAGGAUAGCUGAAAGAAAGCAAAUGAAUGAAUUUUCUUUUUCAGCCUAAGUACUUGUUAAAAUGCAUCUUUAUUUCUCAUUGUCAUUAUGCAGGCUGAGCAUUCGUUUUCUCUUUUUUAUAUAUAGAUAUACAUACAUUUUUAUAUAUAUUCGAAGUGUUGUCUUAAUUUAAUGGGUUAUAGCUGUAAAUAAGAUAACUGGGUAAUAGCUCUUUGGGGAGUCCUGUUCAGCUUUAGUAAUUUAUUGGCUACUGGGAGUCAAACGUGCAAAAUCCUUUAUUAGGAAACUCAGAAUCUGAUUUCUUUUGUUUUGCAGCUGGACUUGCAAAUACAAAAACAUUAGCACUGAUUUAAUGUCCAAAUUUAACUGGGCAGUUGCAAGCUCUCCCCAUUUUUGUAUGUACUGUAGAUUAGUGUGUGUGUCUGUGUUAACUGUAGUGGGGUUUUGUCUGACAAGCCUGAAAUUUAUACUUUGAAAUAAACUACUGGGUUUUUAA